AUGUCUCCCAGUGUGUCCACUUCAGCUCUGUUUGUCUUUACCGCUGUUCUCUGCACUGACAUAUGUUCACAGUAUCAUUUUGGCAACGAUCGGGAUCCUCUCCACCAAAAAUACUCAUAUUUCAGCGAAAGUGAACGGCUGAGGAUGAAAGAGGCGUCCCGGGACAUGUUCCAGUUUGGGUACGAUGGCUACAUGAGAAAUGCUUUUCCAGAGGACGAGCUGGAUCCUAUCCAUUGUCGUGGUAGGGGCCCUGAUUAUGACAACCCGGACAACAUCAACAUCAAUGACGUGCUUGGCGACUAUUCCUUGACUCUGGUAGAGUCCCUGAGCACAUUAGCAGUCAUGGGCAACAGCUCUGAGUUCAAGAGAGCGGUCAAGCUGGUCACUGAAUAUGUGGCUUUCGACAGAAACAGUACUGUCCAGGUUUUUGAAGCUAACAUCAGAAUGUUGGGCUCACUGUUGUCUGCACACCUGAUCAUCAUAGAUCCUCGUCAACGCCUGGGAGACAUGUCAGUGCCUGACUACCACGAUGACCUCCUGGAGCUGGCCCAUGACCUUGCUUCCCGUUUGUUGCCAGCUUUCAGUAAUACCCCGACCGGCAUUCCAUACCCAAGGGUAUCUUUAACAGAGGGUGUGCCUAGAAAUUGUCUGAAUGAGACGUGCACUUCAGGGGCUGGUACUCUGGUGCUGGAGUUUGGUGUGCUGUCUCGUCUGUUGAAAGAUCCAGUGUACGAAGCUGUUGCUCGUAGGGCGGUGACUAGUCUGUGGCAGCUGCGCUCUAAUGUGACUGGCCUCCUAGGUAACGUAGUCAACAUUCAGACUGGGGAGUGGACAGGGACCAUGAGUGGAUUAGGGGCUGGCAUCGACUCAUUCUUUGAAUAUCUACUGAAGGCAUAUAUUCUCUUCGGAGAAAGCAGUGAUCUGAAGAUGUUUAAUGAGUCUUAUGAAAGUAUCAAAUUUCAUUUGAGGCGAGG